AUGGAGUUCCCGACUACUCAAGAACGACCGCAUGGGACGGAUGAAGUAAUUGAAUGCUGGGAUGACGACGAUGACCUACAAUUCAAUGAUGGGAUCCAAUUCCGUGCCACAUCCAGCACGAGCUCUCUGACUAAUUCCUCGUUUCGUCCCUCUGGUCACCGUGAUUCUAUUUCCUCUCGCUUAUCUGCUCGCUCCGACCUCGAUUCAAACGCCGGCGAUGAAGACUGGCAAGUCCUUCUACACGACAACGAUGAAUUCUCCAAGGAGGAGGCACUUGCCUCCGCCAAACAUGCUGGCAUCCCUAUUCCUGCGGAUAUACCCAGCUCUGCUCUCAUUGGGGGUGCCAUCAAACGUCUCUCUGCUCGGAAAUCAAAGCGAACGUUUGUGGACGAUUGGUCUGACGAUGUUGAGCUUCCCGGUCCCGGUGCGGUCCUGGAGCUGAAGACUCCACGGGACAACGCUUUCCCAGACUCCUUACGGCAGAUCAGCUCCGCAGCCACAAGUCCCGUGAAAUCGACCUCUCCCCCUUUCUGGAAUGACGACAUAUCGACUCGCCUUCAAGCAGCGUUCUCGCCCCUAGAGCGCUUUCAAGAUGAGAACAACCACCCAAUGAACUUUGAAGUUCCUACGAUCAAAGCCCCUACACUCCGUUCUCCCAAAAAGAGCCCCGUGGAUUUAGCAGGAUUCAACCAUGCAGACAAUCGGGAAAUGGAUGAUUUUGACGAAGACCUCGAGUUGCCUCCCGACCACCAGCCGCUGCAGUUAAGUCAUCGAAAGGAUCGUGCCGAGGUCUCUAGUCCUAUUAUGGAUGACUUUGAUCUCGAGUGGUCCGAAGGCAGCAUUGGGGUCCGAGUUGGUGGGACGGCGCGGGACGGUCGAUCAAUCCCAAGCUCCUCUAUAUCAAUCGCAAGUCCGAGUGUGUCAAGCUGCCUUACAGCAGAGAGUGAGGAAGAUGGCUUGGACGGUGUCUUGUUUCCGGAGGGUCCUUUGGAUUUUACGGCAUCUCUCAAGCGGAGACAAGAGGCUCAGGCGAUAGACAGUCCCAUUAAGAAUGAGGGUAUCCAAAAGGCACCAGCGUCACCGGAUGCUGAUGACUUUUUCUCGGGCCUUGAGGUUGACCAUGGUAGAGCCUUUGUCUCCGGGAAGAUGGCCCUCAAUCCCAACGUCAAAUGCAAGACAGAAUGGCCAUCAAGCCCAACUCGUCGGCCGGCUACCACGCUUACAUUCACCAAUGCAACUGGAGGCUCCCCGCGUACUCGCAUUCCUCGUCUGUCUGGCCACGAACGAACCCAUUCAACUCACCUGGAGACCGUCUCGGAAAGCGGCGCGCCACUUUCAAAGUUUCGAAGAUCGCAGUCCCGACUUGGGCAUUCAUCACAAUCUUCCGUUUCAAGUUUACCCGCCACUAGUGCCAAAUCACCAUCGCCUACCCCAAGUACGUCGUCCCGGCGGCUUCUGGGUUCCCGAGCCAUCAAGGAAAGCCCCAACAUCGCCGAGAGUAAGGGCCCUUCAAGACAACUUCGACCAAAACGGUCAUUACCAUCCAUCCGUGGGAUCACUUCGGCUACUUCUACGCUGGCUUCGCAACGGACGCCAACCCAUGCAGAUGGCUCUAUCCGUGGCUCCCUUAAUAGACCCAAAACGCCCGUUGAACGGACGGCCGCACUUGACGGACGGGCCUCGGUUCGCAGAGUUCAGGCUCCAUUCCUUUCCGGUGCAUCAGAAAGGAAGCCCCAAAAUGCCGGUGUGAAAAAUUACCGUUCCUCCCGACGCACCAAUUCGGACAGCUCUGGUGACCUCCUGAGUCCCCAGGGUACAUUUUCCCGGCUAUCGCGACCCUCUCGGCCAGAGAGUCUCCGAUUGAGCUUUGGUGACUCCGGCGCCGAGACGACCGGAUCGACAACCAAGCGGACUCUAACCAAACCGACCAAGCGACGCAAUUUUGGGGAUGGCACCGAGCUAGAAUCAUUUGACGACCUACCUACCUCGGCGUCGACCGAGAGUAAAUUCACGAAAAACCCAACCGGGCGAGGAGCCCCGCGAUCUGUACGCUCCCGGCUCAGCCAGAGCCGUAUCACUCCCCCGAUUAACUCCCCUACUCAAUCCACGCCCCCCUCAGUCUCCAAGCCGCUCAAUCCGACCCCGAGAUUCGCUCGCGAUACCAAUGCAUCCCGCAAUGCUCGAGAGCAGCGAAUUGCCUCCAUGAUUUCCCGAACCCGAGACACGACCCCUCUCUCCUCUGUGAACGCGAAUUGGAAACCCCACCCGGUUGUUUCUCGCAUCUCACCCAGCGCGGCUCCUGUACGAAGCCGCAAGACCAAACCCGUGACCAAGUCUUCCUCCAAGCCCCACUUGAUCAAACCUCUAGGGUCCGGCGUGCAUGAUGCCAAAUCCGUACGAGGUAUGCGGUACAACCCAUCAACUUUCCGAUGGGAAGGAAACGAAAACUUAGUCCAGGAUUUCGACGUUGCAACUGCUCCCAAAUCACCGAAGCCUGCACCGGCCCUGAUCACUAAUGUAGGCCCUUUGCACAAUGUUCAGUCCGUUGGGGGAAUGGUCUUUGAUCCACAGCGCAUGUGCUGGCUCAAGGCCUCCGCGCUCGAGUCUGCAGUCCACGGCGGUGCGGUACCCGAGGAUGAGGAUGAUGUUUUUGCUGGAUUGGAUGACCUGGAUGACGAUAAGACUGCUGGACCUACGCGGCGGAACUCGGGCGCUGUGGAUGACCUGUCUUCCCAUACACCCGGUGGGGAAGAUGCCAGCGCGGGAGAGUCUUCCGAUGACUGCCUUAUCACGGAGGAGUUUGACGUUGGCCCGGAAUUUAUUCGACGACAGAGAGCCGAAGAGGAGAAGUGGAGACGCAAAGUGGCGAAAUGGAUUGGUCCUGCUCGCGGCGAUCGAGAGCAUCACUGGCGGUGGGCCAUUCGCGAUCUGGUGGCCGAAGAUACCGGCCAUUUGAUCGGAUAG